AUGUCUUUACUUUUUGCUCUUGAAACUGAGAUUCUCAAGUCACAUCAGAGGUAUUCACGAGAUGCAUCUGUUCUUAGCCAAAAGCUUGAUGGCUUGUCACCGCCAAACUGUGUGGCUCCAAUCACAGAUGAUCCGUCUGAAGCAAUGUUUCAUGCCAAAGAUAUCUUACGGACAGUGAUAAUGAUUCAAGCACCACAUAUGAUUCGUGAUCGCAAAUACCACCUUCGCACUUACCGACAGUGCAUGAUUGGUACUGAGAUGGUUGACUGGCUUAUGCAAUACAGUACCCUUGUACUUACUCGGAUACAGGCGGUGGGGAUGUGGCAAGCUUUGCUUGAAGAAGGAGUUAUUGCACAUGUCUGCGAAGAGCAUCCAUUUCGGGACAAAUAUCUCUUCUACCGAUUUGUAGAUGGGCGUACUGAUACCAUGGGUACAGGGGGUACAGGUACAGGCAGCACAAGUAGCCAUGUGUUACCAACCCCUCCUACCAUGGAACUCAAACACUAUGAAGAAGAACUAGCAGAUGUUUUGAAAAUGUUGUCUCAGGUUGGACCAGAUGCUAUAAUGAGAAUGAUACUUCGAAAGCCAUCAUGUGAGCGAACUCCUGAAGAUUUGGAAAUUAUUUACGAAGAGCUUCUUCAUAUAAAAGCGCUGUCUCAUCUGUCCACCAUGGUGAAACGGGAACUUGCCAGUGUGUUAAUGUUUGAAUCCCACACAAAGAAAGGCACAGUGUUGUUCCGUCAGGGGGAUGAAGGCAAGUCUUGGUAUAUCAUCCUAAAAGGUUCUGUCAAUGUGUCCAUAUAUGGAAAAGGAAUUGUCUGCAAGUUACAAGAAGGAGAUGACUUUGGCAAACUCGCACUCGUCAAUGAUGCUCCCAGGUCAGCAACUAUAUGCUUGUGUGAGGACAACUGUCACUUUCUGCGGGAUGUCGAGGCCAACACUGUCCGCCUAAAUGAGCAUGGACAAGAUGUCCUUGUUUUAGAAAAAAUGCCGACCAAUGUCCAAGCACAAGAUGGAUCCAUCCAAUCCCACUAUAAAUACUCUGUGAUGGCUGGAACACCAGAGAAAAUUUUAGAGCAUCUUCUAGAAACAAGAAUGGAAAAAAAUGAAUCUGAUGACCAUUUUUUGGAAAGUUUUCUGCUCACCCAUGUGAUAUUUAUGCCAACCAAAAAAUUAUGUCCUGCACUAAUGAUGCACUAUGAAGCCAUUUCUGGUGCAAAAGAUGAAAGCCAUGACAUUAUCUUGAGUCACAAGCGGCGUGUUAUCCAAUUCGUACAAGAAUGGCAAAGCAUUUCUGGUGAAGAAUUCCUUGAAGAUAAUACGAUCAGUGCCUUCCUGAAAGAACUUCAACAUACUUUGUCCAGUGAUAGUUUGGCUUACCCAGAACUCAAAAAUGAUGUCUCAGUCAUUGAACACAUGAUGCAAGCAAGAUUAAGCAACAACACAAUGGAACCCCCUAAAUAUUCUAUGAAGAAACGCCUGACCCCUAAUGUAAUCUUGGCUCGAAAAGGAUCGAAAGAAAAUGUCAUUGAUGAAAGCAAGUUCAAGAGAGGAUCAAUCAAGGCAGCUGAUGAAAGCAUUUUCCGUGUAUAUUGUGCUGACCAUAGCUACUGUACCCUCCGUGUCCCUAUGACAACUACAGUGUCUCAGAUUAUCAAUCAAGCACAGGAAAAACUUGCUUUAGGUGAAGACUUGGUGCUGUGCGAAGUCAAAUCUAAUGGAGAACGAAUAUUGUUCCGAGAAAAUGAUUUAGGAGUUGUAAACAGCCUUACCCUAAACGGUCGUCUUUUCUUGGCUCCGAGAGAACACCUUGAUGCUGUGACUCCUCUUCCUGAACAAGACGAGAUUUUGACUGGAACAGCCUCAUCUCUUGAGCUUGUCGGCUCUCAGGAACUGGCAUACCACAUGACAGUUUAUGACUGGGAACUUUUCACUGCUGUCCCCGAGUAUGAACUAAUUUAUCAAGUCUUUGGCCGAUAUAAAUUUGGAAAAACAACUGCAAACUUAGAUUUGUUUUUACGUCGUUUCAACGAAGUUCAAUACUGGGUGGUGACUGAGAUUCUUUUGACACAAAACUUGAGUAAAAGAGUUCACCUUUUACGCAAAUUCAUUAAAUUGGCCUCUUAG